AUGUUUUGGUGUGACCUGUUUUGGGGAGUUUUCUUCCUCUCUCACACUGGCAUCGGGGUCUUGGGGAACUCAAUAUUCUUCAUAAUGAAUGUCAACGGCUUCCUUUCUCAGCCCCAUCGGAAGAAGGCCCCAGACCUGAUUCUCAUCCAACAGACUCUGGCCAAUACAGCGGCACUUCUCACUCAAGGUGUUCCAGAGAUGAUGGUGGCCUUGGGGAUGAGGAAUAUUCUAGACUUUAACGGGUGCCACAUAAUCAUGUACAUUAACUGAGUCUCCCGAGGCCUUUCCAUCUGCACCACGUGUCUCCUGAGUGUAUUCCAGGCCAUCACCAUCAGUCCCAGCACCUCCCGCUGGGCCCGGCUCAAACCCAGAGCCCCCGACUACAUCCUCCCUUCCUUCCUCUUCUUCUGGAUCCUCAACUUGUUGCUCUACAUUGAAAUACUUUUAUCCUCUCUACACACUGAAAAUGUUACGAUCGCAGGACGUGUAUAUCUUUCAAAAUACUGUUCUAUGUUAUUCAGGAAUAAUUAUACAAUUAUGAUUUUAACUUUAACUGCCACAACCCUCCGAGAUCUCUUCUUUGUGGGCCUCAUGAUCUGGGCCAGUAGUUACAUGGUGAUGGUGCUACAUCAACACAGGAAGCGAGUCCAGCACAUCCACAGCACCAGCCUCUACCCCACGUCCUCUGUGGAGACCAAGGCAAUCCAGACUAUUCUGCUCCUUGUCACCAGCUUCUUUUGCUUUUAUUCAAUCAACUGUGGCAUCACUCUCUACUUGGGUUUUGUGAAGAGAUACAAUCCCCAUCUCUCAAGCACAUCAUCCUUUCUGUCUAUCUGCUACCCCACCCUCUGCCCUUAUGUGCUCAUCAGUAGGGAUCCCCAGUUCCAAGAAGUAUGCCCAAGAAGGAGGGAAAGCCCUUUCCUCCCAUGGACUGCUAAAAACAACACAAAAUCACCCAAUCUUCCCUUUUCCUCCCUUUAG